AUGUUUUUAAUCAAUCGAUAUGAUAUCACGGACACUCGUGUUCAUUGGCUCUGUCCUAGAUGUCAUACAUUGGAAUCAAAUGAAAUGAAAAUUCAUCAACCAAUGCAAAUCAACAACAAUCAAAGGCUCACUGAUGAUGAAUAUACGGUAGAAGAUAUUUCUUCUGGUGAAGAUGAUCAUGAAGAAGAUGCUGACGAAGAAGUUUUGUAUGACAAUCUAGAAGAUGAAAAUAAUGUUUACAUGAAUGAUAACAUGGAAGCUGAGACAAAAGACAACGAUGAAGAAACUGAUGCUGAAUCAAUGGAUGAAGAAUCAGAUGAUGUUUCUUAUGAUCUCGAAUAUCACCAAAAUGAAGCAAUAGAAAAAUUAUCCACUAUCUUCCGAUUAUUGAAUAUAAAUCCAAUUCACGACAAGGUGGCUGUUCGUCCCAUUCGUGCUAAAAUCGAUGAAGUAUACAGAUAUCUUCAUGGAUUAUGUGAUGUGUUAGAAGGAAAACCUCAAGAUCAACGCAAUGCAAAUCCACAUAAUCUGUUGAUUAGUGAAUCAAACGAGCUUUUGGAUGGCCUGAAAAGGUUGUUCGAUGAAAGCGAUGACAAAGAACAAGUCCGUCUGAUGACAAUCGCACCUCAACAAUGGGGCCGAAAACAAGUCGAAAAGUGGUUUAAUUCAGGACAAAACCAGGCUCGCCGAUCACUCGUUCUGAGAAAAAACGAGGGAGUUUUAGCUUAUCCACAGUGUUUACGAGGAAAUUUGCCUUUAUCCGAUGCAACAUUUGACGCUGUGGUUAAAUUUUACUGCGAAGAUGGUAUAAGUCGAGUAUCAUCUAAUGCCAAAGACACGAUCCUCAUCAAUAAACAACCGGUACCGGUUCGAUUUAUGGAAAUGACAGUCUUAGAUGCUUAUCGAAUAUUCAACGAACGACAUCCUGAAGCUGUAGCACGAUCGACUUUCAACUCACUUCCACCUCGAGAAGUCAAAAUAGCCUCACCACAUGAAACAUGUAUGCGCACUACCCAUGAAAACAUGGAUCUUCUAUUAAAGGUUUGUGCCUAUUGUAAUGAUAUUGAUUUACUUCUAAUGUCCGACUCAUAA